GAAAAAAAUGUAUGGCAAGUGUAAUAGCAUCAUCAUCAUCCAAUCUGCUACACUUCCUUCCUUCAUCCACCGAUCCGCCAUACGAACUCCUCAAAGAAAACCCAUCUCUCUCUCUUCUCUCCAAAUGCAGAAGUAUAAAAACCUUCAAACAAAUCCAUUCCCACUUCAUCAAAUUCGGCCUCCACAACACUCAAUUUGCUGUAAGCAAAUUGAUCGAUUUUUGCGCGGUGAGCCCUUACGGAAAUCUUUCCUACGCCGUUUCGAUCUUCGAUUCUAUCCACAACCCAAAUCACGUUAUCUACAAUAUGAUGAUCCGCGGAUAUUCUCUUGGCUCUGUGCCCAAAUCAGCUCUGAAUUGCUAUGUAAAGAUGUUGUUUUUGGGUCUCGAACCGAAUUCUUACACGUUUCCGUUUCUUCUUAAAUCUUGCACGAAGUUUCCGACGGCGCAGACAGGGAAGCAAGUUCACGGCCAUGUUUUUAAGUUCGGUCUUGACAGCGAUGUUUAUGUGCAUACUUCACUUAUCAACAUGUACGCUCACCAUGGGGAUUUGGAGGACGCAAGGAUGGUGUUUGAUAAAAGUCCUCUUAGAGAUGCGGUGUCGUUUACGGCGUUGAUCACGGGGUACUUGCCGAGAGGCUAUGUUGAUAGAGCACGCGAGCUGUUCGAUGAAAUUCCUGUGAGAGAUGUUGUGUCUUGGAAUGCUAUGAUAUCUGGAUAUGCUCAGAUUGGUAAAUUUGAUGAGGCUUUGAGUUUGUUUCGAGAGAUGAGAAAUGCGGAAGUUGCUCCCGAUGUGAGCACGUUGUUGAGCGUUCUUUCUGCAUGUGCUCGUGUGGGAGAUAUUGAAACUGGUGAUUGGAUUAAAUUGUGGAUCGAAGAAAACCGGCUCGAUUCGAAUCUUCAGCUCGUUAAUGCAAUGAUUGAUAUGUAUGCAAAAUGCGGCAAUCUUCACACGGCGAGGAAAUUGUUCGAUGGUAUAAAAGAAAAAGAUAUUGUCUCGUGGAAUGUUAUGAUUGGUGGGUAUACACAUAUGAGCGAGUACAAAAACGCCCUUGAAAUGUUUCGUCUGCUCCAGCUAAACAAAGUAGAGCCGAACGAUGUGACUUUCUUGAAUAUUAUUCCAGCUUGUGCACAAUUAGGCGCCCUCGACCUUGGUAAAUGGAUGCAUACUUAUAUCGAAAAGCAUUAUCACGAUUUCCCGAACGAGACUCUUUGGACAAGCCUCAUAAACAUGUACGCUAAAUGUGGAAAUAUCGAAGCUGCAAAACAAAUCUUUUACGGUACGAAAACCAAAAGCUUGGCUUCUUGGAAUGCCAUGAUAUCUGGGCUAGCUAUGCAUGGAGAUGCAAGUAAUGCGAUCGAGCUUUUCUCGAAAAUGGCUAAAGAAGGAUUAUUCAAACCGGACGAAAUCACCUUCGUCAGUGUUCUAUCGGCUUGUUGCCACGCGGGUUUGGUAGAUCUUGGCCGUCAAAUUUUCAAGUCGAUGGUCCAAGAUUACAACAUCUCUCCUCAAUUGCAACAUUAUGGAUGCAUGAUCGAUCUUUUAGGAAGAGCGGGAUUGUUCGAAGAAGCAAUGGAAUUAGUCGAAGGAAUGGAAAUUGAACCCGACGGAGCUAUAUGGGGUUCGAUUCUCGGUGCAUGCAGAAUCCAUAAAAAUCUCGAGCUGGGCGAAUUUGCUGCUGAAAAGCUCUUCAAAAUCGAACCCAACAAUCCCGGCUCUUACAUUCUAUUAUCGAACAUAUACGCACGAGCUGGCAAAUGGGAUGAGGUGGCGAGAAUUAGGACGCUGCUCAAAGACAAGGGAAUGAAGAAGGUCCCGGGCUCGACUUCCAUUGAAGUGGAUGGCGCUGUGCACGAGUUUCUUGUGAGCGAUCGAACGCAUUUGAGGAGCGAAGAAAUAUAUAUGAUGCUCGAUGAAAUCGAUACGGUUCUUGAAAAGGCAGGGCAUGUUCCGGAUACUUCCGAGGUGUACUACGACGUUGAUGAAGAGUUGAAAGAAGGUGUUUUGUGCGAGCAUAGCGAGAAGUUGGCUAUUGCUUUCGGGUUGAUUAGUACAAAACCAGGUACAACUUUAAGGAUCGUGAAGAAUCUUAGGGUUUGUGGGAAUUGCCAUUCUGCGACGAAGUUGAUAUCGAAGGUGUACGGUCGGGAGAUUAUUGCUAGAGAUAGGAGCCGUUUUCAUCGUUUUAAGGAUGGUUCUUGUUCUUGCAUGGACUAUUGGUAAAAAAAGAAAAAAAGAUUUUUUUUUUCUUUUUCGAAAAGUAGCAGUUUGGAACAUUCUAGAAUACACAGAAUCAUCAGUUAGAAG